AUGUUAUCUGAAGGGAAAGCUGUGGGGUUUGAGGCAUGGGUAGAAUCCAAAGACGAUAAGAUUCGACUUAACGAACACCAGGUCACGUAUCAUCCCCCGGAAGGAGAGGGAUUGGCUUAUAGUCAAUGUUUUCUCGAGACCAUCGAUCAGCCAUUUCGAAUAAAACUAUGUAGACUACCUACUCUGAAAGAUCGAAGGGAUAUACAAUUGAAGCUGUAUAUCGAUGGGAAUCUCCUUAAGACCCAAGCAUGGCGAGAUCAUAGACCUACCUGCGAAUGGGACCGAAUUAUCUUUCAACAAGAACAAGGAACGGCCCCAACUAUUAAGUCUCUAUUGAGAUUUACCCCUCACCCGUCGACUCAUGAUCCUGAUGAGGUCACCAUCACAUCAGACGACAUGCAAACGUUGGGUACCAUCGAGAUUAUCAUGAAAGCUGGAUCGUAUAGUCCAGCCUGUUACCGAAGUGCCACUCCUUCUACCAUGAAGAAGAUCGGAGUGGUGAAUGAAAAAGAGAGAAAGUUGCCUUAUUCUACAUCUGCCACUGAUUGCGAAAAAUACGAAGUAAAGCCAAGCCGUCACUAUAAGCUCAGAUCAGCCCCUGAAGGCGGUAAGCUAUAUCGAUUCCUUUUCAAGUAUCGUCCUCGCCCUGCUCUGAUACUUUUAGGACUCAUUCAUGAACAGGCAAAAAGUCCUAGUCCGCCUCGCGCCAGCCUCAAACGAAAAGUCUCACCGAUCAAGGAUGCGGUGUACUUGGAAGAUCAUCAAGAAAGUCCGCCUUCAAGUCAACAAGCGAAACGCAUCAGAUAUCUCGAAGAUCAACUUCAACAACUCUCAUCUCAGCGAAGCCAAUCGCUCGAGACGGCUAGUAGAAACAAUGAGAUUAUAGACUUGACAUCUGUAGACGAUGCCUAG